AUGGCGGUUCCUGGGCGGCGCAACGGUUUCAACGACGACGAUGAAGAAUCCAACGGUAUUUUCGAAGAACAAUCUCUCGCCGUUGAAGAAACCGAGACUCCUCCUCAUCUCCGUGACCUCUCCCAUGCCGCUCAAACUGGCGACCUCACCGCCCUCCGCCUCGCUCUCGAUAACUUGAGUGGUAGUAUUGAUGAGCCUCUAGAGGAUGGGGAUAGUGCUCUUCAUUUGACGUGUUUGUACGGCCAUUUUGCAUGCGCCCGGCUUCUACUGGAAAGAGGAGCUGAUUUGGAAGCUAAGGAUGAAGAUGGGGCAAUUCCUUUACAUGAUGCAUGCGCAGGAGGAUUUUUGGAGAUAGUCCAACUUCUACUUAAUAGAGCUAACGGCACCGAGCAUAUAAAAAGGAUGUUAGAAUCGGUUGAUUCGGAGGGUGAUACUCCUCUUCAUCAUGCUGCAAGAGGUGAGCAUGCUGAUGUAAUUAGGUUGUUGCUGUCUAAUGGUGCAUCAGCCACAAAGGAAAACUUAUAUGGAAAGACCCCUGCAGAGUUACCCGAACAAGGCACAAAUGCUAGAAGGCUGCUUGAAGCUGCUGUUACUGCCAUGGCAAUCUAA